CUAUUGCCGACUAUUACCGACCGUUCACGUAAACAAAUGUUUCUAUUAACGAUGGUUUAAAAACAUAACCUCAAAUUAAGAAGACGUAUAAAAGUACUAGCUCUUAAAGUAUUUACUAACAUUUUACGGGUAACAUAUUAAUGUUAUCGAAGAUAAAAAUUGAUAGAUUUAUUUUUAUUUAAAAAUAAUGGAUCGGCAUGAACUUCAAAAAGGUUUUACUUCACUUAAACCACUUUGCGAUUCAUUAUUGAAAAAUCCAAGUAUUAAUUGUUCGUUGGAGAUUAUUGAGUGUAUAAAAACAAUCUCCGAUGGUGCUAUUCAAGAUUUAUUUGAUUACAUUUUAUUUCCUGUAAUUGUACAUUUACAAAAUGAAAUUGUCAGUAAACAUUGCAAGGAACAUUUAGUGAAAAUCAUAAGAGCUGUUUUAUCAAAAGGUAAAAUAACAAAAUAUAAAGCUUUUGACAAGUUAUAUACUAUUGUUUUAUCUUUAAUUUAUGACAAGAAUGAACCUCAAAAGGUUAUUUCUUUCUCUGAAGAAUUGAAAGAAACAGUACUACUCUGUAUUCAAGAUUUAUUAAAUAAUUCUUUUACAAAUGUCAUUGAAGAAUUAUAUACACGACAAUAUGCACCGAAACUUGCUCAUAGUAUAUAUUUAAGUGUAUCAAUUGCUAAACAUGAAAAAUCACGUUUCUUGAGGUUAAUAGCAAUAGAAACUGUAAUGGUUUUGUGCUAUGUAAGCGAUUCUUCCAACCAGUUUGAUAUCGUCUUUGUAAGUCAAGUAGCAGAUACUAUAAUGUUAUUGUUACCAGGUAUCGUUGGUGGAUUGCAGGAAGUUGCUUUGGGAAGUGAUAUUCAAGGUCAUAAAGUUACAAUGAUGGCUAUCAGAGCAUGGGCUAGGAUAAUACAUCUUGUAAUGCAAGAUAAGCUCGAUGAAGAAACUACACCAUCGAUUUUUAACAUUAAAGAAGAAGUAACUAAUGUGAUUGAUCCGUUAGAAAAUAAAUUACAUGGUGAAGGAGUUAAUGGAGUUGAAAAGAUUUUAAAUUCGACUAAGAGAAAUCGAGAGUGGUUAAAUGCAGCAGCUAUUAAAUUAAACGUACUUGUAAGAGCAAUGAAUCCCUUAAGAAAACAUUCACAUUUUAAAGUUAGAAAAGAAUUGACUACAAGUAUUAGUUUAUUAAUAUCAAAGUGUGCCAGAAAUAUGAAGCCAAGCAUUAUGCAGUUAAUAGAAUAUUUGAUUUCCUUAUCUGAAGAUGACAAUGAAGAAGUUAAAGAAGAAGCUAAAAAAUCGUUAGAUCAAAUUAAUGAAUCUUAUAUGAAGAAUAUAGAUAUGAAACCAUUGGUAGAAUUAUUAGAAGAAAGUUUUUAUAAAUUACUUACACAAUUGCCACGUAUUAUAAGAAGUUCUGAUGAUAGCGAACAAUUAGUAGGUUUAAAUCAUCUUUGUGGAUAUUUAAGAUUAUUAGGAAAAGAAAGAUUGCCAGCUACAAUACAAUCUGCAGCACAUGUACGAAGAUUGAUACAAGCUCUUGUAUACAUCAUUGAAAUCGAUUGCAAUGGUAUUACUCUUUUAGAAGAUGUCGGUGUAAAAGAUUUUGAUGAUUUAACUCAUCGUAGUCAAACGCAUUUAUGGAAACAAUUGAAGUUUAUACAGGAUCCUUGUUGUAAAGACAAAAUUGUUACUAUAUGCGAGCUUCUAGGAACGUACAGUGAUUUAAGAAUUUUAAUCGACAAUAUUUUUCAAGCUAUGUAUAAUGUACCUCAACAUAGGAAAGAAUUAAUAUAUCUACUUAAUUCAAUAGUCAAUGUUCCUAUUACAUGCAAUAAUAAUACAUCAACGUUAUCAUUGUAUAAGGAAAUCAUUGAAUUAUAUAUUACUGAAGAUUUUUGGUAUUUACCUAUCGAAGUUACAGAAGAUAUAUCGUUACGCGUUGCACAAAGUAAUGUUGUACAAUGUUGUCUAUUAACGGAAGGCUUAGGACAAAUUGCUAAAAAUUUAGGACGCAAUUUUGAAAAAUUUCUUCUCAAAAUUUUAUAUUUUGUUAUAGAAAGAGCUGGAAGUACAAAUAGUCUUUUAAGUCGAGUAGGAAUAGAAACUUUAGAAAAUAUUGCAGAAGCAUUAAAAUAUGAAACAAUAGGAGAUCUUUUACGUGCAAAUGUAGAUUAUUUUUCUUAUCAUGUGACUAUUAAGUUACGUAGAUUAGAGAGAAAUCCAGGAGUACUUGAUGUUGUCAAAGUUGUCAUGAAAUAUAGUUCUAUGGACGUGUUACCAUGUUUAAAAGAAAUUGUACUGGAUGUUCUUUUGCAAUUAAAUAGUGUUUCUCAAAAACGUAAUACUUAUUCAUUUUUAAACGUUUUUUAUAUAUUUAUAUUGUAUAUAAAGAAAUUAACAGCAGAACUAGACGCAAAUGUAACAAAAACAUCACCUACGUUAGUUAAUUCAAAAGAAGAAAGAAAAGCAAAUGAACAAAUUGAUGAAAAUUUUAACGAUGAAAUUACGGAUGAAGAAAAUACAGAGAAACAAAAUGAACAAACUGAAACGAAUUCGAUAGCUGAGGAAGAAGAAGAGGAAAAGAAAAAUUUACCAACGCACAUAAAAAUGGUCGAAGAUGUUUUGAAAAGUUGCUUACAUUUUUUACCUUCAAAAGAUAGAAAGCAAUUACUUAUCGCUAUGUUAACAUUAGAGGAAGGUUUACCAAUAUUAAUUAAAUAUGAAAAUCAAUUGUUACCAAUCGUACAUCAAAUUUGGCAUCCAUUAGUAGACAGGUUUAAAGAUCAAAAUGUACUUUUGAUUAAUCGUUCAUGGCAAUUAUUACGCGUACUUGCUCAUGUUUCAAAGGAUUUCAUUAGAUCUAGAACAUUGAAACAAAUAUUACCACCAUUGUCAGAUUUUAUGAAUAAAUCUGCUAAAGAAAGUUAUAAGAAGUCUAAAGAUGCGGCUUAUCAAUUUACACAAAUGUACAAACUUCAAAAAGAAUUAUUAUCUACGUUGGGAACAAUAGUACAAGAUUUGAACAUUAUUGAAAAAGAUCUAUGGAAUAUAUUGAGUAUUACAGAAGUAUAUCUCAGUUCGUUACAACAUCCAAUAUUACAGCAAUGUUGCAUGAAUUUGUAUAAAGAACUUGCCGAUUACAAUGGUGAUAUGGUUUUGACAAAAUGUUUUAGUAUUUGGCAUUCUAAAGUAGCACCAAUUCCAAUCAAUGAAAUAUACAAUUUUGUUUUCUUGAAGAAUACAACAAAUGUAAUGUCAAAAGAAUAUGUACAAAAUGUGAAAACAAUAAUCACAUUAUGCGAUAACAAAUGUAGUGAAAUGCCUACAGAGAUAGUAAAUGAUAAUUAAAAAGGUAUAAGAAUGAAUUAUAUUCUGCGUGAACAUAAACAGUUAUUUUUACAAUCUUCUCAGCAUGCAUUAAAUUGCAUAUCUUUUAAUAAAUUAAAAAUAUUUAAAAGAGUAAACUAUCUAGUCUGUGUAUAAUAUAUAAUUUCUCUCAUAUGUUUUAUCGAUGCUGAAACAAUGAAUACUUUUUAUAACAAUGGCAGAGUGUGUACUGUUUUUUCCAAUUUUUUUGGAACUUUUAGAUCAUAUAUUAUAUCUUAAGAGUAGGGUCAAACACCAAUCGUUUCAUUUAAUUUUUUUUAUAUGAACCAUCGGUGGCAUAAUGAGUAACUGUACAAUAGGGAUCCUAUAGGAGGGUUGCGCUAGGGAUCCUGUAGAAGGGAUGCGCUAUGUACAUUGCUGGGGGACCGGAACUCGAUUUUGCGCGCGAAUGAUUCAAACGUUGAAAUAAUUAUGAA